AUGAUCACUGGCACGAUCUCGGCUGAAACGGAGUCAAUGCGUCACGCAGCCGAAGUUCGGCUGCGUGCCCAGUCGAACGAGCUAAAACGAUUCCAUGACAAAAUUUGUCAGCGCGUGACGGAGCGAGAACGUCAAAAUCGACUUGAAGCCCAGCGCGCGCAGAAGAAUUUGGAUGCGAAGUGUGCAAAAGUGUUUUCAACUACAGUGCAGCCAACUGGGAACUCUGUGACCACACGACUUUCAACUCGUCCGUACUUUCAGAAAUUGAUAAAAGACAAGAAAGCCAUUCUCAAGAUGCCAAGAUCCGAGAUGAUCUACUGCGGUCUACUGAACCUUCGAGCUAUCAAGAAAUAUCCAACAACGACGAAUAUGGGAGUGAUGAAGGCCAAGUUAUAA